AUGGCGCUUCAGUACUCUGUGGAAACCGUUCGGGCUCAGGGAAUCAGCAGCCCAUAUGCCUCGCCGGCGGAGCUGUAUAUACCUGAUCUAACCAACUCAACCCGUCGCUUCCGGGAUGUUACGGACACCACCCUGCGGUGGUCGGAGCUUCCAGGUGCCUUCCUCAAUAUCAAGGCGUACCAAGACAAGUAUGGUGUUGGCUGUAGCGGCUGGGGAGUGGAUGUGAGCCUGCUCCCGGCUCUGCUCCCUGCCGUGUACUGGUUUCUAGCCAUUAUGCUGAUCCGCUACCUCUGCUUCGAGCCGUUCUCGCGCUUCGGCAUCUAUAUGGGCGUCGUCACAGAAAACUCCGCCUGCCAUCGCCGCCGCAUCGCCGCCGGCAGGCGUGGCAUAGCCUCCCUCUCGCCACGUAAUCAGAAGAAAAUCAUAAAGUUUCAGAAUCAGAUGUGGUUGUCGAUAUUUUAUUUUGUCUCCUCGUGCUUCGGCUACUACAUCCAACGUGAUCAACUGUGGUUCAAGCUUCCACUCGACAACGAGGCCAGUUUGCACAUCCUGUUGCCGCACCCGUACAACCCCCCACAGGAGCUGCUCACGUACUACCACUACGGCCUGGCCUUCUACUCCGCUGAGCUGUGCUCCCUCUUCCUCCUGGAGCGUCACGUGAAGCGGUCGGAUUUCUUAGAGUACGUAGUGCACCACGUCAUUACAGUGCUGCUCAUUUUCUUCUCCCACGUCGGGCUCGAGCACCGCUUUGGCGCUUAUGUGCUCUUCAUCCACGACACCUCCGACGUCAUGCUGUCCGUCAGCAAGUCCCUCCACUACAUGUCGCAGGAGGACACCGCGCGUCAGGAGCGCUACAACAAGAGGCAAGCUGAUAAAAAGAGUGGCAAGAUAUACCAGAAGUCCAUCUUCUACAGAUACAUCGUCACAGAUCUAAGCGUGAACUUCUGCUUCAUCGUCUUCAUGUCCCUUUUCUUCUUUUUCAGACUCUACUGCUUGCCGUUUACGACCAAGGCGUCGAUCCGCAUGGCCAAACUGCGUCAUGGAAACUUCAACAUGUGGAUGCUCGUCUUCCUGCUGAACGUGCUGCUGCAGGGGCUACAUGUGUACUGGUCGGUCCUCAUCAUCGCCAUGUUACUGUCUCUUGUGAAGGGCGGGAAGCGCAAGGACAUCCGAUCUGACGAUGAAGAAGAUCCCGAGCGCCCCUCGUGUGUUCACUGGGGGAAGCUGACAGAGUCGGACGAUGACACCAACGCGAAAGGAGACAAAGUCAAGCGAGCCCACAAGAUGUCACCGGCGGGCAAUGCCGCACUGUCAUCGUCCUCCUUCUCGACCCCGGCUCGCAACGGCUCGCUGCGCCGCAACUCCUCCAAGAAGCAGUAG